AUGGGCACUUAUCAGUACACUCCGCUUCCUGAAGGAAAGCACAUACGUGUCUUGACCAUCCUCCCAAAUGCCGCCAAACGGCCGCGCAUUGACUGCACGAUCGAGACGGUAACCUUGGAUGCGUCGUCCAAUUACACAGCGCUCUCAUAUACUUGGGGCAUGAAUGAAGACGGCGAUGCCAGCUUAUGCGAAGAGCUCUACAUAUCCAAUCAACGCCUGCCAAUUACACGAAACCUCUAUCAGGGACUGCUGCGCAUCCGGGAGAAGACAACGCCUGUGCGCAUGUGGAUCGAUGCUGUUUGUAUCAAUCAGCAAGACAUACCGGAACGCAACGCCCAAGUCCGAUUCAUGCCUUCCAUAUUCAGCGAAGCAGCAGCAGUUGUGGUUUGGUUGGGCGAAGGCACAACGGAGCAAGACGAUGAGGACGCCGCAUCUCUGUUCGAUGUCAUGGCCGGUGCAGAAUGGGACCUGUCGCUGUUCUGUGAUGACGACGCAAGCCAAGUUCUAUCCGGCCAGACCAGGAGCCCCAUUCGUGGAAACUUUGACAUAGAAGAUCGACUAUCCUCCUUAGAUCGCUGCUCAACCGGAAUCAUAGUCGCCAUGCGCGCUCUCGCUGGAUCGCUCAACUGGUGCGCCGGAAGAUCUGACAUGUUGUUUUCAACACUGGUACCGAGGGACUUGACAAUGUGGCAGCAUUGGAUGAGCCUCUCGAAAAUCAUCGCAGCCCUGUGGGAGCUGUACCAUGCGAGGCCAGGUGCUGUUGUAAUGAGAUGGGGUCACUGUAUCUUGGAUCUUCAACACUUCCGAGACGCUUCCGCGACUUGGUACUCAUUCGCAGGAGUAUCCAGACGCUAUGCAUCAAGACCCAAUGAGUCAGACCGUUCUUCUGGCGAGGACCUACUGCACCAAAUUCAAACGGAUAUGUUGCAUCGCAAUAUGUUCAACUUUCCUGACUGUGUCACGGUGCCAGCUUUAGGCCAAAAGCAACGACUGCCAGAGUCACUGCUGAUACACCUGCUCCGGAUAUACAGUCACUUGCGUUGUCUGGAUGAUCGCGACAAACUCUUUGCUCUUGUUAGCCUGGUUCCUUCGGCAGAAGUCGAGCUGCCAGUGGAUUAUAGCCUCAAUUUUACACAAGUGUGCAUAAAGUUUACAAUAUGGCUGCUCCGCAAAGGUCAUCUCGCGAUCGUACUCCAUCAAUUGGGCUUAACGACUCUGGAUUCUGAAUUACCGCCAUUGAACGCUCCUUCCUGGACAUUCAACCUCCGUAAGAGAAUCUACACGACGGCGGAGUCCGACAACAUUCCUGUUCAUAGGGUAGACGAAGCAGGACUGUUGUGUUCCAUGAUCUUUGCUGGCACGAUCACGAACAUUGACCUCGCGCGCAAUACCUAUGGCGGGGAGUUGGAGGUCGUGGAUUCCAGUGGAACUUUACACACAGUAGAUCGGAUAUUGUGGGACUCUAAGCUGAAGUUGCAGUCAGAUGACUGCUUAUUCGUUCCCGUGGACGCGGCAGGCUCGGGCACGCAGUACGGUAUCUUCAUGCGCCGUGCCUUGCAACACGACCGAUACAGAAUAGUCGAUGUCGCCAUGCUACGUGCGAGCGAUUUGAGCAUGCUUGAUCUCGGCCAUCCGGAACCAGUCAUGAUCGAUUGA